AAUGCACGUGUCGUAAUUUUCCAUUCGGUGACCAAAGUCUCACUGAGAGCCCAUCCCACUCGCCACUUCCCAUACCACUGGAACUUUUGCAGCCCCUAAAAAAUUCAAGCUCAGUACCAACAGCCAUGGCCAGCGCCAGAGACAGAGACGACUCACUCACAUUCACAAACCCAUCAACGUCUUCCUCGCCAAUCAUCAUCUCUGACCCAUUUGACAGCUUUCUCUCCGACCCAAAUUCCCACAUCGGCAGCGCCUCCGGGAGCUUCCAGAACGAGGGUUUACUUGCUGAUACUAGCAGCGAUGCCGAGUUUGGGUUCUCGCGCCCUGAGUUUCGGACUAGCCAACUCGCCGGGACCGUCGAGUUUUACCAGCGCCACGUGUUUUUGUGCUACAAGAACCCUCAGGUCUGGCCGCCCAGAAUUGAGGCCGCAGAGUUUGAUCGAUUGCCAAGGUUGCUCUAUGCCGCGGUAAUGGCUAGGAGGGGUGAUAUGAAGAAAGAGACCCGCUUAACAAUAUGUGAAGGGCACGAUGGAACUGAGACAUCCAAUGGUGAUGUAUUAAUUUUCCCCGACAUGAUCCGAUACAGGAGAUUGACACAUUUUGAUGUUGAUACAUUUGUUGAAGAAGUUCUAGUGAAAGAUGGUGAAUGGCUGCCUGGUACUCCUGAAACUUUGAAGGGUUCAUAUGUUUUUGUAUGUUCUCAUGGGUCUCGGGAUCGCCGUUGUGGAGUCUGUGGACCUCCCCUGAUCACUAGAUUUAGAGAAGAGAUAGAAUUACAUGGUCUUCAAGGUAAAGUGUCUGUUAGCCCAUGUUCACACAUUGGGGAGCAUGAGUAUGCAGGAAAUGUUAUUAUAUUUGGACCAAAUUUCAACAGAAAAGUCACUGGCCACUGGUAUGGAUAUGUUGCUCCAGAAGAUGUACCUGUAUUGCUUGAGCAGCAUAUCGGGAAAGGAGAAAUUUUGGACUGGCUAUGGAGAGGUCAGAUGGGUUUAUCAGAAGAACAGCAGAAGAAAUCUCAAGAACUAAGGCUCCAGCUUAAUGGCGAGACAAAUGUGGGAAAAAGCGCUACAGAGUUUACACAACCAAAGGAAAGGGAAAUGAAUACUAGUGUAUGUAGAUCUCAAGUUGAGAUUGGUGGAUGUUGCCAGGAAAAUAGAAACUCUUCUUGCUGUCAGAAUGCUGUGUUCAUAGAAAAGUUAAACAGUCCUGAUUUGAAUGAGAUGGCAGCAAAGGAGACAACUGACAAGAAAAAAAGCAGCAGGAAGCUACUUUCACGGAUCAAUAACGGAAAAGGGGCAUCCAUGCGCAAGGUUUGUGCUAUGCCGACUUGGUUUCAGAGCUGGGAGCGUGAAGAUACGUAUGCAGCUUUUGCUGUUGUUUGUGCUGCUGUGUCAGUUGGCAUUGCUUACAGCUGCUACAAACAGUUGAGAUGAAAACUUGAAUCCAAUCUUUGUGUUGUUUGAUCAUAUUACAGGCUAGAGUGUCAACCCUUCUCAAGAUUUUAUGAGAAGUCGAUUCUAGAUCUAAUUGGUAGGCCCCUGCGGAAAGCUCUGUAAUGUGCUUAUAGAAGAAGGGAAAGGGUUUCGGCUACGUUUGUGGAUGUGUAAGAACGCUGGUGGGGGAUACUUGAGUUGUGUUUUUCUUCUUUGUUUUGGGAUAUAAUUUGUACUUGUGCAUAUAUAUAUAUCAAUGUGUUACCGAAUUCAUGUUUUUAUAUUGACACAAUCUUCAGUAUGGUA